CGCGGUGAUGGGCGCGGGAUGGCGGCGCUGGGAGCGCUGGUGAAGAAGGCGUGGAGCGUGCGGCGGUUCGUGGUGCUGCUCUGCGCGCCCCUGGCGCUGGUGCCCAUCCUGCUCAGCCUGCCCGCCAAGGAAGGAAGAUGUCUCUACGUGAUCCUGCUGAUGGCCCUGUACUGGUGCACGGAGGCGCUGCCCUUGGCUGUGACGGCUCUGCUGCCCAUCGUCCUCUUUCCCUUCCUGGGGAUCCUCCCAUCUAACAAAGUUUGCCCACAAUACUUUUUAGACACCAAUUUCCUCUUCCUUAGUGGCUUAAUCAUGGCCUCAGCCAUUGAGGAGUGGAAUUUACACCGCAGGAUUGCGCUCCGGGUCCUCAUGCUGGUGGGAGUCCAGCCAGCCAGACUAAUUUUAGGCAUGAUGUUGACAACGUCUUUCCUGUCCAUGUGGUUAAGUAAUACUGCCUCCACUGCUAUGAUGCUUCCAAUUGCAAAUGCAAUUUUAAAAAGCCUCUUUGGGGACAAAGACACAUCUAAGGACAUGAACAGGGACAAUGAAGAAAACCAAGCAUCUUUACAGCAGAAUAAACUUUACACUGUACCAACUGAGAUGCAGUUUCUGGCAAGUACUGAGGACAAAGAUCUGUCGGAGGAGAAGGAGAUUUCCAGCGAUGCUCUCUCAGACUUAAAGAAAGAGGAGGAAUACAAAACAAAUAUAUGGAAAGGUUUCCUCAUCUCAAUCCCAUAUGCAGCCAGCAUCGGAGGGACAGCAACGCUGACGGGAACUGCGCCAAACCUCAUCCUCCUGGGGCAGCUGAAGAGUUAUUUUCCAGAAUGUGAUGUGGUGAACUUUGGUUCUUGGUUUAUGUUUGCAUUUCCUUUAAUGCUGAUUUUUCUUCUCAUGGGAUGGCUAUGGAUCUCCAUCCUGUAUGGAGGAAUUAACCUGAGGGGCUGGAAAACAAAAAAGUCAAAUAUAAGAGUGGAUGCAGAAGCCCGAGCCAAGGAAGUGAUAAAGGAGGACUAUCAGAAACUGGGUCCAACAAAGUUUGCAGAACAGGCAAUUUUCUUCUUCUUCUGCAUGUUUGCCAUCAUGCUGUUCUCCAGGGAUCCCAAAUUCAUUCCAGGUUGGGCAAGCUUGUUUGCACCAGGGUUUAUCUCGGAUGCGGUUACAGGAAUCACCAUUGUGAUUAUCCUGUUCUUCUUCCCUUCCCAAAAACCCUCCUUCAGGUGGUGGUUUGACAUGAAAGCACCAAACACAGAGACACAGCCCUUGCUGACCUGGAGAAAGGCCCAAGAGACCGUGCCCUGGAACAUCAUCCUGCUGCUUGGAGGAGGCUUUGCCAUGGCCAAGGGCUGUGAGGAGUCUGGAUUGUCAGUGUGGAUUGGAGGCCGCCUGCACCCCUUGGAGGGGGUGCCCCCGCCCGUGGCCGUCAUCCUCAUCACGGUUGUCAUCGCCUUGUUCACGGAGUUCGCCAGCAACACCGCCACGAUUAUCAUCUUCCUGCCUGUCUUGGCAGAGCUGGCCAUUCGUCUGAAAGUAAAUCCCCUCUAUUUAAUGAUACCAGGAACUAUAGGAUGCUCCUAUGCAUUCAUGCUGCCAGUCUCUACACCUCCUAACUCAAUUGCAUUUUCUUCUGGACAUUUGAUGGUCAAGGAUAUGGCAAGAACUGGGUUGCUCAUGAACCUUAUGGGAGUUCUGCUCCUUAGCUUGGCUAUGAACACAUGGGCCAAGAGCAUCUUCCAGCUGGGGACCUUCCCUGCUUGGGCCAACAUCCACGCAGAAAAUGCCACCUCACUUGUGACAGCUGUAGAAAAUGUCACUUUAAGUGCACUAAAUAAAAUAUGAACAAAGCCA